AAUUCAUUGGAAGACUGUGCUCGAGCUUUCUCCCCUCCCUUCUCUCCUCUUCUCUCAGAUAAGCCCUGAAUCUCCUCUUUCUUCCCUCUUCUCUCAGAAACCCUAGAAUCUGUCUCUCUCUCUCGCUCUCUCUCGCUCUCUCUGUCUCUCUCUCUCUCUGAGGAAGCAGAAGAGAAGGCUGUUGAUCUUGAUCGUCCUCGAAUCCAUUAAAAUCGAAAUUCGAGCUUUCAGCUCAUGAGUUCGAUGCAAGCGCCUCUGUUGUUUCAUGGGGAUUUGACUAUUCAUGAACGGUAUUGCUGGGUGUGUUUCUGUGUUGCUUCAUAUUCAGAUGUUAGACUUUGCCGGGUCUCCUCGGAAAUGCUUUCUGUGAUGUAAGAUGUUAAUCAGACCAAAGAUCAAACUUGCCGCGCUCUUUGGUUUUGUCUUAUCUGCCGCCUCUCUUCUGGUGCACUUUCUUCUUGCCAAGCAUACAAGUGAAGAUUUGGUAACGUUCCAUGGCACGGCGGAAUUGGGUGGGGAUAUCCUUCCGAUAUUAGGGAAACAGAGUAUUCGGUAUAGAAAGUUAUGGGGCCCUGUGAAGUCUUUGGAGACAAUACAACCAUAUCCCAAUCCCAGAAGUGGAUAUCCUGCUCCAAGCAAGCAGAGCAAUGGUUUCAUCUAUGCGAAAAUUUUUGGUGGAUUUGAGAAGAUAAGAUCUUCCAUCUGUGAUCUUGUCACCAUAUCCAGGCUUCUAAAUGCUACUCUUGUCAUUCCGGAGAUCCAAGAAAGCACUCGGUUAAAAGGCAUAAGUUCCAAAUUCAAGAGCUUUUCUUAUCUUUACAACGAGGACCAGUUCAUAGCAGCACUUACAAAUGAUGUAGUUGUCGUAAAGAGCUUGCCUAAAAGUUUAAAAGAGGCAAGGAAAAGGAAAAAGUUCCCUACUUUUACACCCAAAAAAUCUGCGUCUCCAGACUUUUAUAUUAGAGAAGUCUUGCCGAGCUUAAAGAAAGCAAAGGUCGUUGGGUUGGUGAUUACUAAUGGAGGAUGCCUUCAGACCAUCCUUCCCCCAAGCAUGGUUGAGUAUCAAAGACUUAGAUGUAGGGUGGCCUUUCAUGCCCUUCAAUUCCGCACUGAAAUUCAGGAGCUUGGGCACAAGAUGGUGCAGAGGAUGCGAGGUUUGGGCCAACCUUACCUGGCUUUUCACCCUGGCCUACUGAGAGACAAGUUGGCAUAUCAUGGCUGUGCAGAGCUCUUUCAGGAUGUGCACACAGAACUUAUACAAUACCGAAGGGCGGAAAUGAUCAAACAAGAGAUCAUUCAGGAAGAACUUACCAUUGAUUCCAGGGUGCAAAAAAGGAAUGGAUCGUGCCCUCUCAUGCCUGAAGAGGUAGGACUUCUCCUUAAAGCAAUUGGCUAUUUGCCUGAAACAAAAGUAUAUGUGGCGGGUUCUGAGAUAUUUGGUGGGCAGCGGGUUCUGAUCCCACUACGUGCCAUGUACCUCAACUUAAUGGAUUAUACUUCUUUAUGUACUAAAAAGGAGCUAUCUGAUUUAAUCGGCCCGGAAACUCCUCUUCCUUUGGAAAUGCCAUGGUUUCCCCCACCCAAAAGUGAGAAGCAACUGAUUGAAGAAUGGAACAAGGCCGGUCCUCGUCCCCGGCCUCUUCCUCCACCACCCGCCAGGCCAAUUUAUCAGCAUGAGAAGGAAGGUUGGUAUGGUUGGAUUACUGAGACUGACACAGAACCGGACCCUUCACCCAUGGAUCUUAGAAUGAAAGCACACCAGCUUCUUUGGGAUGCUCUUGAUUAUAUUGUCUCUGUGAAAGCAGAUGCAUUCUUUCCAGGAUUUCACAGUGAUGGUAGUGGAUGGCCAGAUUUUUCGAGCUUGGUCAUGGGGCACCGCUUGUAUGAAAGGCCCUCUGCUAGAACAUAUCGUCCAGACAGGAAAUUUCUCACCCAAAUGUUUGAUGAUAUUCAUGAUAACCUGUAUCAUCCAAAGCGCAAUUGGACAGUUGCAGUGCGGGAACACCUUAACAGAAGUUUGAACAUGGAAGGCCUAACAGUGGAGUCUGUUGCAUCAAAACCAACCUCAUUCCUUUCACACCCAUUACCUGAAUGCUCCUGCAGAACAACACCCAUAUCUCCCGGAACUCCCGAACAAGUGAAGGGCAGGGACGGCAAGUUGUUGUAUGGAGGUGAGGACGAGUGCCCCGAAUGGAUGAAGCGCAGCCUCGAAUCGAUUUCAUUGAAGCUGAAGUUAGCGGAAGAUGAGGGCGUUGACGAAAGCGAUUCUCAGGAAGACAAUGUGGAUGUGGAUGAGCAGGAGUCGGAUGAUGGGGGCAGAGAAAAUCGGCCGUUGGAGCAAGACGAGGAGAUGGAUCCCGACGAUUAGAGUGUAGAUGUUACACACAUACAUGGUCAUGGAAUUUUAUUUUUUUUCUUUUUUCCUUUUUUGCCGGCUUUGAUUCUUCAACUUCCUUUCAGCUACAUGAGGUUGUUACAUAACUGUUCAUAUUGCUCUCCUUUAGAAACAAAAGCCAAGCCCAAAAGGCUGAAACCAGUAUGGCUCAUUUUGAAAAUUCAAAUGUCAUUCUUUUGUA